GAUAUAUAUGCUUAAUUACCAAAAUUUCCAUGAAACUUCCAUUUAUUAAUAUUCUUUUCACUUUCUCAUUACAUAAGCAAAUCCAUUCUUUUUAUAGAGUAGUUGGUGUUCGUUGCCAUAUAGUGGAGCAGUUGCAAUUCUUGCGUAAAUAGAUAAGAAUUGCAAGACAAAACCAACAAUAAUUCUAGCUUUCUUUCGUCAAUUCUGUAUUGGCAGAUUAAUAAACAACAUGUCAAUGCUUUUAGACACAAACAACAAAAUGGGUAGCCCUAUUUUGCAUGAGUUCAAGAAGCAAGCCUCUUUCUUCUUCAAAGAAAAAUUCAAGACUGCUCGCUUAGCACUAACAGAUGUUACACCAGCACAAUUGUUGACAGAAGAAGCUACGAAUGAAGAUUUUUUGGCACCAGAUACACGUACCAUGGCCAUAAUUUCAAGGGCUGCUUUUGAAGUUGAUGAUUAUUAUAGAAUCGCAGACAUUUUACACAGGAGGUUGACAAAGUUUGAUAUGAAAACCUGGAGAGUGUCUUACAAGAGCUUACUUGUAUUAGAACACCUUCUAACCCAUGGUCCUUUAAGAGCUUCUGAUGAAUUUCAGGGUAAUAAAGAGACCAUUAAAGAGAUGGGAAGCUUUCAAUUUGUCGAUGAGAAAGGAUUCAACUGGGGUUUGAGCGUUAGAAACUUGUCCGCAAGAAUACUAAAGCUUCUGGAAAAUGAUAAAUUUCUAAAAGAAGAGAGAGGAAAAGCUCGUAAAUUAACAAGAGGAAUUCAAGGCUUUGGGAGCUUCUCUCGUCAUCAAUCACCUUCUCGUCAUGAUGGAAGCUUUAAAGGUUUGGCCUUUAGGUCUAAUUCUAAUAUUACUAAUAAAGAUUAUGAAUUCUUGGCCUCAGAUGAUGAGUUUUCCACCGAGGAAAUGGAUCAGAAAGCACAAAAUUUCUGUGAAACUUUUGGGGAAGAAGAUCAUCCAUUCUCUUACAAUGAGCAUCACACUACAACAUCAUCAUUUCUUCCUCUAGAAUGAAAAUUUUCACAACUCUUCCUUUUUCACUUUUCUUUCUGUUUUUCAAGUUUCUUGUUGAUUGUACAUGAUAUAUUAAGGUUUGUGAGGAAAUUUUUUUACACCUGCAUUUGAAAUUUUUUGUUUUUUAUUAUC